AUGACAACAACAGAGAACACAACAACUGCUAUCGUUCAUGAAGCCAUAAGUGAAGAAUACGAGUGGGUUCAGUUUAACAAACAGUUACGUCUCAUUCGUUCGGUCAAAGAUGACAUGUACCAAAUGCAAAGUAUUUUGACAGCAUGUUUUGCUCCAGAUACUAAGAAACCACAAGACUGGUUUAGGAACCAAAGCACACAAGAACUUUUGAGUGAAAUUUCUCUAGACCGAGAAUUCUCGGUCUUGCAUAAAACACAUGAAAAUCGUGAAAAAUUGCCAAAUGGUUUGAGAGGUUGGUAUGUACAUAGACUUCUUGUAAAUAAUGUGGCACAAUGGGCUUCAGCUCGCUAUUCAUGGUAUGUUUGUAAACUUCUUGACGAACUUCAUAGACAAGAACGUGAAGAGCUAGAGAACAAGCUUGAAUCCAAAGACAAAAACAUACAGAAAAGAAUACCACGUUCGGUACCAAAAGGAAAGGAAAAGAACUAUAAGUAUAUGAUUUACACUGAAGAGAUGGAAAAUGAAGAAGACAGAGAUAUG